AAUCAAACGUGUUGAAUAUUCUGAUUUUUGUAUGGUUGAAUUCGCUUUGGAGUUGAAUGGAACAGGUGAAUGUUAUGCUUGUAUUAAUGCUGGAGGGCUAUGCCAAACUGAUGGCAAGGGAAAGUUUAAAUGUUCUGUGACAGAAAGAACAAGAAUACACUCAAAUUACAGUCAAAAUCUUACAGAGAAUUCAUUUGAAUAUAUUCUCUGCUUAUUAUUCUUUGCUUCUCCAAGUCUUCCAGGAAGCUUAUACCAUUUUAUCUCUAACUUGUUGCAGGCGAUGGGAAAUCAGGAUGGAAGCUAAGCAUAGGACUUUCUAUAUCUGGAACCGCCAUAUUGAUGGUUCUGGCUGUUUUCUUCCUUAGAAAGCUGUCACGGCCUCAUUCCGUGCUCUUUGGAAACAAGAAAAGUAAGGAUUACCAAAACAUUGAGGCUUUUUUAAGGAACUGUGGAUCCCUUGCUCCUAAAAGGUAUAGUUUUUCAGAUAUUAAGAAAAUGACCCAUUCAUUCAAACAUAAACUGGGCCAAGGUGGGUAUGGAGAUGUUUAUAAAGGUAAGCUAUUUGAUGGUAGUUGUGUGGCAAUCAAGGUAUUAAUUGAGUCUAAAGGUGAUGGUGAAGAAUUUAUUAAUGAGAUUGCUAGUAUUAGUAGGACUUCCCAUGUCAAUAUAGUCACUCUUUUAGGCUUUUGUUUUGAGGGUAAAAACAGAACUCUUAUCUUCAAGUUUAUGUCCAAUGGAUCACUUGAGAAGUUCAUACAUGAAAAAGGGUCAUUGAAGUGGGAAACAUUGUACCAAAUCAUAGUAGGUGUAGCUCGAGGAUUAGAGUACUUACACCGCGGUUGCAACACACAAAUUUUACACUUUGACAUAAAGCUUCAUAAUAUUCUCCUGGAUGAAGACUUUUGUCCCAAGAUAUCUGAUUUUGGUCUCGCUAAAAUUUGCCCCAAGAAAGAAAGUAUUGUAUCAAUGACAGGUGCACGAGGGACUGUUGGUUAUAUUACUCUAGAAGUAUUUUCUAAAAACUUUGGCGUAAUCUCUCACAAGUCAGAUGUUUAUAGGCGUUUGGAAGAAGAUGAAGAACUUGGAUUGCAUGGCAUUUCCCAUGAAGAGGAUAAAGAAAUUGUAAGGAAGAUGAUAAUAGUGAGCUUGUGGUGCAUACAAACUAAUCCUUCAGAACGGCCGACAAUGAGUAGAGUUGUGGAGAUUUUGGAAGGGAGCCUUCAUUCCUUGCAAAUUCCGCCGAAGCCUUUCCUAUCUUCACCAAGAUCAACCCUUAGAGAUUCUUCAAUUAGCAUACCAAGCUAAGUUGCUCUCAAAAUGAUGCCUUAAUAGAUACACCAAUCUUCAAACAAGGAAACAUUUAGUAUUUUCUCACCUUUCUCAUUAUAAUGAAUGUAUUUGCAAAAAAA